UGCCCGCCCGCACCGUCCAGUCCCGCGGGUAAAGGCGCAGCUGGAGCCGCCGCUCCACGGGGAUUGUCCCCCCCAACGAGGAGAGUCGCCGCCGCCAUGAACAACAAGUUCGACGCUUUAAAAGAUGAUGAUAGUGGAGACCAAGAACAUCAUGAGAAUAACCACUCACAGAAAGAGAAUGAGAAAGAAAAAACAGAUAAAGAGAAGACUCAAAACAUUACCAAAAGGAAGGCAGUUGUCCCUGGCCCAGGAGAACACCCUCUACAGUACAACUAUACAUUUUGGUAUUCCAGACGUACGCCAGGUCGACCCACCAGCUCUCAGAGCUAUGAGCAAAAUGUUAAACAGAUUGGAACAUUUGCAUCUGUUGAACAGUUCUGGAGGUUUUAUAGCCAUUUAGUUCGACCUGGUGACCUCACAGGGCAUAGUGACUUUCACCUGUUCAAAGAUGGCAUUAAACCAAUGUGGGAGGAUGAAGCUAAUAAGAAUGGUGGAAAAUGGAUUAUCCGUUUGCGAAAGGGACUAGCAUCACGCUGCUGGGAAAAUUUGAUUUUGGCAAUGUUGGGGGAACAAUUCAUGGUUGGAGAGGAGAUAUGUGGAGCUGUUGUUUCCGUUCGAUUUCAGGAAGAUAUUAUCUCCAUAUGGAAUAAAACUGCCAGUGACCAAGCUACAACAGCACGAAUACGGGACACAUUACGACGUGUUCUAAAUUUGCCACCCAAUACCAUAAUGGAAUACAAGACUCACACUGACAGCAUCAAGAUCAAACCCAGAUUUUGUGAUGCAAGGAAGAGAAACAAACUGCCAUUUGACAACAGAUUCCACAAUGAGAAGCAGGCACAUCCAAUUCACUGAUCUUUUCCUCAACAAACUUUCUCCAACCUCAUCCAACAGCAAUGUCCUUUGCGGUGCGUGUCUUUCUGGAUCCAUCGGCUAUUCUGGGACAGAGCUAGAUUGAGCCUAGAUCACACUGCUGAAAAACUGACAACCAGCCAAGCCUCAUCCCUAGUUUAAUGGGCAAGCAAAGACAUUGCCUGUUUAACUUCUCUGACAUUUGGAAGCAUUCAAAAAUAAUAAAAUGAUGUUCAAAGUUAAUCAAACAAUAAUAUCUAGAUUAUUAAUAAUGCAUGGAAAGUUAUGAAUUAAAUUUAUUAAAAUGUUUUAAUUAUUUAAAUUACCUAAAAUGUACCUUUUUUCCUCACAGCUACUCCUCUCUGUAUUGAACUGAAUGGAGUUGCAAAAUCUCUGUUUUAAAAGGGUUUAGAACAUGAUGUUUGAAAAAAUAAUUUACAAAAUCCAUUAUUCCACCUCUGGCACAAGCUCAACAGGGGAUAUUCUGAAGCAUAAGUGUCUGAAAUUGCAUGUUGUUAAUGCUUUUUUUGCUGGGGAUAUAAUCGGCAAAUAAUGCUGGGGAUAUAAUCAGCAAAACCUUUUUUAAUAUUAAUAAAACUUUUAAUGAAAAGCUGCCUUGCAGUUCAUGAUUUGUUCAAGUGCAAAUUCCCAACUACCUGUUGGCAUUUUUCACACAGAAAUAUAGGCCAUUCUGUUCCUGCGACUAGAUCUGGAGUUCAGAGCAUUUUUAAGUCUAACCUUGUGUGGUUGAAAGUUUCUUACUACUGCUUAACAGAAACUAAUUUUUCUCUUGAUGCCUUCUUUCUUACAAUAGGUCUAUUUUUCACUGAGUUUACAAUGUUCUGGUUUUAAAAUGAAAUUAAAUGUACUUUUAAGAGGAAAAUCAACGUAACAAAGCAGUGCUUUUUAAACAAUUUUUUGAGGUGAGGAAGAAAAGUGGAUUAUUUGUGUUUGCAAUGAGAUUGUUCUUAAAUAUAUAUAAUAACAGAAAGUGGUUUUAACCAAAAGUCAGCAGGUAACUCCAGAUGCACAAGCACCAAAAUUGAGGUAGUAUGCUGUUAAUUGGAAUGGUUUACAUAACAUGUAUAGGAAAGAACUGCAGAUGCUGGUUUAAAUCGACACAAAAUGCUGGACAUUUUGAACUGAACUCAGCGGGACAGGCAGCAUUUCCGGAGGGAAGGAAUGGGUGACAUUUCGGGUUGAGACCCUUCUUCAGACUGAAGAACUCCUGCAUUUUGUGUCUAUCUUCGGUUCACAUAACAAAUGUUUGCCAACAAAUGAUACUUUCUCCGCACUGGAUUGCUGUGCUGCAGGAAUUUAUCUAUAUUAAAACAAUUUGGAAGAAAUAGAUUGUGACUUUUAAGGUCUUGUAAUAUUUAAUAGAUCUCAGGAACAAAUGAGACAAUUGUUUCUAUUUUGGUGAGGAAGAUGUUUUAAAUAUUUAAAUGUUGCAGGUCUGGCAAUGUACAGAUUAUAUAUGGUGUU